AUGAACACUUCCAUUCCUCCUCCAACAAAGGAAGAAACACAGUCUAUAUUAAAAUCACUUGUACAAGGAAACAAAUACAAUAAGGUAUGUUUUGACUGUCAUGCUAAAGGUCCUACUUGGGCUUCCAUCGAUUUCGGUAUCUUUAUUUGUCAAGAUUGUUCGGGUGCUCAUCGUAAUCUUGGAGUUCAUAUUACUUUUGUCAAAUCCAUCUUGCUUGAUUCUUGGACUUGGUUACAACUAGAAAAAAUGAAACGUGGAGGCAAUCAAGCUGCUAUGGAUGCUCUAGGAAAUAGUGUACAUAUCAAAGACAUUCAAUUGAAAUACAAUAGUCGUCAAGCACAGCACUACAAACGCCAAUUGGAAAAGAAAGUCGAACUAGAGCUACCUACUACUACUACUACUGCUACUACCUCCGCUAAUGUCUUUACAAUUCCAUCAACAACAAGAACAACAACAGCAACAUCAGCAACAAUAGAUAUGCCACAUAUCGAUUUACUGGAUCUUAGUGACAGUCCAAAUUUAGUGGAUACAAAUAUCAAGACGGAUCUAUUGGUAGAUAUUGAUACGGCUCCAGGAUUCCAUGAUAUUCCUGUAUCUCAAACAAACACAGCAUCAGAUAUGGGAGCAAUUCAAGAUGAUAAUGCUUUUUUUACAAAAUGGGAAAAUCAAUCUAAUGAUGACAAUAGCAGCAACAAUCACGGCAAUGUAUCUUCUACUACCGGGACAACGACAAGGACAUUUCGAAAUAAACCACGACGGCAUGCUCAACAAUCUCGAAUAGGAGCCAAAAAACUGGGACAGAACGUCAAAUUCAACUAUGAUGAAUCAAAUGCGAAUACUUCUACUCAUCAACAACAUAAUACCAGUACACAGUUGUUAGAUGAACAAGCCUAUACGAUACCAAUAUUAGAUAAACCUUCUGUACCGAUUUCUUCACGUUUGACAUAUUCUCCACAGUCACCGAGCAAUGACGGUAAUGCCAAUUCAAAGAAUGGAAUCAAUGGAAUACAACAACAAGAGAAAGCAAAUGACCGAUGGACAGCAAAAAAAAUGACUGAAAUCGAUAGUGAUAUCAAUGACGAUGAUGAUGAUGGCAAGGAUCGAUUAGGGAUGGCAUCAUAUCACUGGAACAACAAAGAAAACAACAGAUUUUCCACUCACAAUACAGCAAAAGAUAGCCGAAAAAAAGACGAGGAUACCAGUGCUCGAGAUCGAUUUGGAAAUGCAAAAUCCAUCUCAUCAGAUCAAUACUUUGGACGAAACGAUUAUGAUCCUCAUCUUGCAGCAGAACGUUCUACAAAACUAUCACAAUUCCAAAAUGCAACAAGCAUUUCAUCUGAUCAAUACUUUAAUCGUCAAUCAACAGCAUCAUCAGCAUCAAGGGAUAUGAGUGGUGGAUAUAUUCGUAGUACAGGCACCUAUCGAUCCAAUAGUAACAACAAUAAUAAUAGAAACCCACUCUCCAAGAAAUUACUAACAGCUGCUGUGAAAGGGGCUUCCAAAUUACAUCAGGCUUUAUCCGAAAUGGAACGUCGAUAA